GAAGCAGAUGCGCAUGCGUCAUUCUGUCUCUGUGUAUGUCUAUGAGUGGUGCUGCUGCUUUGGGAUGGUGACUGUUUCGGGGCUGUCAGUGAGUGGAGCCCUCCGUGCCGGUUGCGAACAGGGGGUGGGUGAAGCCAGUGACCGGCCAAGAAGGCGAUAGGCAUCCCUGCCCCCACCCCUAGCUGGAUCCUAGUCCCUGGAAGUUGCCUGUCCCGUUGGGAUUUGUUAGUAGCUGCAGCUUCAGAGGGAAUGAUGAACAGGUUCAGAAAGUGGCUGUACAAACCCAAGAGGUCUGACCCGCAGCUUCUUGCACAAUUCUACUAUGCAGACGAAGAGCUUAACCAAGUGGCUGCUGAGUUGGACAGUUUGGAUGGAAGGAAGGACCCCCAGAGGUGUACGCUUUUAGUCAACCAGUUCCGAUCGUGCCAGGACAGUGUUUUAAAUAUCAUAAACCAGAUUAUGGAGGAAUGUAUUGCACAUGAGCGAGCAAACAGGGAUUUCUGCGUGAAGUUUCCAGAAGAAAUCCGACAUGAUAAUCUGGCGGGACAGCUCUGGUUUGGAGCCGAGUGUUUGGCUGCCGGCUCUAUCAUAAUGAAUCGUGAAAUAGAGAGUAUGGCUAUGAGACCUCUAGCCAAAGACUUAACCAGAAGCCUUGAAGAAGUGAGGAAUCUAAUCCGUGACCAGGCCCUGCGGGAUCUCAACAUUUACACGGAGAAAAUGAAAGAAUCCCUCCGACAUUUCGAUGUUCUGUUUGCAGAGUUUGAAUUAAGCUAUGUCUCUGCCAUGGUACCUGUAAAGUCUCCAAAAGAAUAUUAUGUGCAGCAGGAAGUUAUUGUUCUUUUCUGUGAAACUGUAGAAAGAGCCUUAAAGCUUGGAUACCUCACACAAGAUAUGAUCGAUGAUUAUGAACCAGCAUUAAUGUUUACAAUCCCAAGACUAGCCAUUGUGUGUGGUCUUGUUGUUUACGCUGAAGGACCGCUUAACCUCGAACGCAAACCAGAAGACAUGUCUGAACUUUUUCGUCCUUUCCACACCCUGCUAAGGAAGAUAAGAGAUCUUCUCCAGACCUUAACGGAAGAAGAAUUACAUACUCUAGAGCGGAACCUGUGCAUAUCCCAGGAUGUGGAGUUUCCCGUCAGUGCAGAUCCUGAAGUGCCCUCAGCAAUCUCUCCUGUGUUAGUGACUGCCUUACCUACAGAAGAGCCGCCCAUAGCAAAAGCUGAGAACGUAGAGGUGGAGCUGGCAUGCUCCAUGCAGUAUGAUGAACAAGAACUGGAACAGCUAAAUAUGAUGGUUCAUAGAGUAGGGGAUGAAAUGUCUUCUUUACUUUCUCCACCAAGUGUCUACCAGUCUCCAGCUCACAGGGCUAACACUAGUAACGAGGCUUCUCCGUGCAGGCGCCCCCUAACGGAUGAGGAGGAUAGGGUGUUUUUCAUGGAAGACCUUGAUGGAUAUGGGGAGGUUCUUGCAAGGUCUAGGCCUUCUGAGAACACAAUCUCAUGGGUCAACAACUCCUGUUACAACGCCAAGCAGCCAACACUGUACCAAGACCCUGUAGUACAAAAUGGGGACCUUGCAGAUGGGGAAAUGGAUAUAAGCAAUAACAACAACAUUGAUGGGAGUAAAAUGCUGGCAGCCAGCACUUCUCUCCAGAACUCUUGUAGUUGUUUAGAUGCUCCAGAAUCACAUUUAUACCUCAAUGGAUGGGAUACAAAUGGGGAAGAUGCAGAAACUGCCGAAAUCAUUGCCCACAGGACCGGGGGAAUGAAGAUCUCUGCAACUGUCAUCUUUAACCCAAAAUCCCUUGCAAAUUCUCCAGAAACAUCCCCCGAUCUCGCCAGCAGCUGCAUUCCUUUAUCUUCAGACCCCCUGACCAGUAGCGAAGAAGAGGAAUCCCACAAGCUUAGCAUAGCUGCUACCAACUGUUUAAUUAACUCUUGCGUAUGUUGUGGGAGCUGCGAAGACACCCGAGACGACAGCUUAGAAGGGUUAAGAAAUGUAUCAGGUAAAGUUAUAAAUGCUUCCUACAGUUUAAUAAAAUCCAAGGAAUUGGGCCACACGGACAGAUCAGACUGUACAGUGUCUGCCAAAGAGCUGUUCAAAAUGGAAAGUCCAACUGUUUUGUUACUGGAUAAAGAGACAACGAGACAGGAGCAACCGUAUCCCAACUCAUCUAAGUGCCUGCCACUCAACUCAGGUUCCCACAUAGGAAUGGACAGUGAAUCUGAUGAGCCUCUGGGUGCCUCACACGAUCAGCUGAAAAGUGACUCAAAGAGACAUGAAACUUGCAGCAAAGAGAGACCUUCAGAAGAAGCUGAGGAGCCACCUUCCGACAGGGCGUCAGCAGAUAAUAUAACGUCUAGUUCCAGUUCUCAGGAUGAAUUACGUGAUUCUGCCCUCAACUCCAUCUCCAGCAGUGACUAUGAGAGUGUUUCUGUCACUACAUGUAGUCUCUCCAGCUUAGAUUCUCUGAGUUCUUGCUCAUCAGACGACAUUGAUCAGGAGGAGAUUCAGCUGGCGCUGCAGGCCGCGAAAAUUGCUUCCCGACACAAGAUCCGAUCCCGUUUCCACAGCAGUAAUGACCUCAUUCACCGACUCUUUGUCUGUAUCUCAGGUGUCGCCGAUCAGUUACAGACAAACUACGCCAGCGACCUAAGAAGCAUACUGAAGACUUUGUUUGAGGUGAUGGCCACCAAACAAGAGACCGAAGACAAGGGCAAGCAAAAGAAAGCCAAUCAGGGGCUUAGAAGUGCAGCCUUAGAAGAUUGUGCUCUGUGCCAGGAAACCAUCACCUCUUCAGAGCUGGAUGCGAAGGCCCAGGAUGGGGAAUUUGAAGAUCCUCCUGAAUGGGUGCCGGAUGAAGUGUGCAGUUUAUGCACGGCCUGUGAGGCCCCCUUCACCGUCAUUCGCAGGAAACACCACUGCCGGAGCUGCGGCAAGAUCUUCUGCUCCCGCUGCUCUUCCCAUUCCGCCCCUUUGCCGAGAUAUGGACAGAUGAAGCCCGUACGUGUCUGCACUCACUGCUACAUGUUCCACGUCACCCCCUUCUACAGCGACAGGGCAGGAUUGUGACGGCCACAUUUGGAGAAACUGGAUCCUCAGCUUGCACUCUACCCAAGCCAAGAAUCACCUCCGGACAGAGGAGCUGGGGGCAAUAGUGCAGGAGGCAAAGUGCAGGAGGCAUGCAGGCUUUAACCCAAACAUUGCUCAUGCUUUGUACAGAGUUCUGAUUGCAUUUUCUAAAGCUGCUAAAGGAAGAAGAUGAACCGUCUGCAGAUCCCGUCUUUGUAUCAGUCUUCCAAACAGUCCCGCUUUAAGCUAACCAAUGCCAUUGACUACUAGAGAAGUGCUCCCGGUGAGGAAUAGGGCUAUGAGCAUUCUGUUUUACCUUAAACGCCGGAGACUCAAUGAUUGUAGCAUCUCUCUGCAUCAUAACCUCUCCAUAAUCAUAUCAGCCCUGUAUUUCCUCUUCUACUUUCCUCGUAUAAUUUAACCGGGAGGGAAGGAAGGAAACAAUGGAACAGAAAUAGAAGCCGGAAGCCAAAUGCAAGUGCUUGUCAUGCAAAGAGCUUUUCCUUUUUUUCCCAAAUUCAUAGCAAUAAUGUUAAAAACUAUCAUUAUAAGAUUUUGGCCCAUGGGUAUCCGCAAACACAGUGACCUCAGAGACAUGACAUCAUGUGUGUUCCCUUCUCUGAUCCGGUUGUACCAUGUGACACAGUAUUUGUAGGGGGUUUGGUUUUACACUUGAGUCGCACACAGGAGAGAUUCUGGUGAUGAUUUGCAUUCCUGGGGAGGGAAGUAACAUGGGAACAUUAUCCUGCACAUUCCAGUGUUAUACUGUUUAUGUGAUGCAUUUAUUUAUGAAGGGGCUGGUGUUCUACACAUGUGACAUACACUUUGGGGUGGAUAAGGGUCUCUGUGUCCCAGAUUUUCCAUAUGGAGAUACAGACAGAGAAGAAUCAUUAAUGUCCCUAUUUACACACGUUUGAUAAAGGGGAAAUCUGCCUGAGCAGCGAGUGUUACGCUCAGAUCCAUUCAUUUCACCCUGGAGAAAACUGGAAUAAUUUAUAGUGUGUUAAAACAUGAAUCUGAGUUUUAUUAGGCAAGUAAAUCACCUUGUCAUAACAUAGUGAAUGAUGUAGUUCUGCCGUACCCUUCCCACAGUAUAGAAGCCCACAUUUGUGUCUGGUUGGUUGUGUGCUAGCUGAUCCAUUUUUUGUUGUUGGUGCAGGUUAAUCCUGGAUACACUGGAUUUGAUCAUAUAUAUAUAUUUAUUUUUUUGGGCGGCUGAUGAGGAAAUCUAAGCUAUGGAAAUACUGUAUAAAUCUUGGGCCCCAGGAAGGCAGGGUGUCCCCAGCAAUCUUUGUUGGCAGGCCAAGAUCUGCACUGGGGGGGGCUGCAGGGGUUACAUCCCUGAUAUAAACACUAAACCUUAGUCCUUUUACCAUUCUUGGGCUAUUUUAGGGGACUGUCCUAAAUGACAAACCUUUAAAAGGACUGGAGUUGCAAAAGGUGGGUUGGCCUUAGAGAGAGCAGGGGUGUGGGAUUGGUGCGAGUUUGGGGAUGGUCUUAAAUUUUGUCGGGGGAGCCUGAGAAGCUAUGGGUUCAAUUUGGCUGCCCCCUUUGCUCUGUCUUAACCCCCCAAACCAGUCAUAUCUUAUUCAUAAGCAGCCCCUGUCUGUAGGGGAAUAUUUAUUGGAAUAGAGGGGGAAUUAAGGAAUGUAUUUUUAUUACUUGUGACUUUUUAAUCAUAAAUGUUUUUUAUUUUAUUUUUCUGCGUUAUCACCUGCCCUUCAUUUAUUUUAUAAAUAUUGAUUCUAUAAAGUAAUAAGAGUCAGAGUUGGGGAAAUUACACUGGUGCCUGGAAACAGUCUGUAUAGUUUAUAGUUUGGAUAGGGAGAGUGGUGGAAUGGUGAGCACAGACGGGCAAGAUGGCAGCAGCAGGGCAAUAUGAUGACAGUAGUAGGGCAAGAUGACAGUAGUAGAAGAUGGGAGAAGUAGGGCAAGAUGAUGACAGUAGUGCAAGAUGACAGUAGUAGAAGAUGGCAGCAGCAGGGCAAGAUGACAGUAGUCGGGCAAGAGGAUGACAGUAGUGGAAGAUGGCAGUAGUAGGGCAAGAUGAUGACAGUAGCAGGGCAAGAUGACAGUAGUAGAAGAUGGGAGAAGUGGGGCAAGAUGAUGACAUUAGUGCAAGAUGGCAGCAACAGGGCAAGAGGAUGACAGUAGUAGUGCAAGAUGACAGUAGUAGGGCAAGAUGACAGUAGUAGGGCAAGAUGACAGUAGUAGAAGAUGGCAGUAGUAGGGCAAGAUGAUGACAGUUUUCGGUUUUGGAUUCGGCCAAAUUUUUCUGCCUGACCACACUGAAUCCUAAUUAGUAUAUGCAAAUUAGGGGCGGAGGGAAAUUGUGUGACUUUUUGUCACAAAACAAGGAAGUAAAAAAUAUUUUCCCCUUCCCGCCCGUAAUUUGCAUAUGCAAAUUAGGAUUUGGUUCGGUAUUCGGCCAAAUCUGUUGCAAAGAAUUCGGGGGUUCAGCUGAAUCCAAAAUAGUGAAUUCAGUGCCUCCCCAAUGGCGACAGUAGAACAUUAUAAUAGUGUUGCCCAACCUGCAGCUCAUUAUUUGUUGAAGUUUAACUCCUAGGACCCACUGGGGUUUGCAGGGGUCAAGACCUAGUUUAUAUAAAGAGAUUUAUAUAGAGAGGUUGCGUUGGAAUGUGUCUGACAAGGUUAAUUUGUGGCUUUCCUGCUUUUUGCUGAACUUCAGUGCCACUCCCAUUGUCCACUGCAGGCUGAGGGUAAAGGGAGUUGCAGUUCUGUAGGAAUUCACAUCAACACGCAAAUCUGAUAUAAUGUGUUGGAGUAGGAUAUAGAGCUGUGAGCAGACUAUGGUCAGAUGGAGCCACAGGCUGGGGUUACUCUAUGGGCUCCUCACUACAGUGACAGACAUAUGAGCUCACUGAGGGGAAAUGUCAGCCAUAAAGCAAGACUGAGCUGUUGUACAUGAGCUGUAGCAGCAAAUUACAAGGUUGCUUAUAAAAAGGCACCAGGGAGGGAGUAUGAAAAUGUGUUGACACUGUCUGCAGUUUGGUAGUAUAAAUUGUAGCAAGAGGUUUGCCCCUCCAGCAUGUUCCAUCAUAGGUUUGUAGAGACUGCUGGGAGGUGUAGUACAGAAAGAGGUGGAGUACUAUUUUCAUAUCUUUGUAAGCAAUUGCUAUGGAUGAUCAACUUCUAGUCCAGGCUAUUGGCUGAACUGGAUUUCCCAGACAGCUAAGAGCCUUCCUUGCUUUAUACUACAGGCACUGCUAUUACUUAAAUUGAAAUAACAAUUGUCAGCUCCCAGUGCCGUUAUCCCUCGGAUCCCCCCAUGAUCAGGGGCUCUCAGCCCGCGGCCUUGCAGUUGGGUCAGACCCCGGCGCCAGUAAUUAUGGCUCUACUAUACAGUUUUGGUUUUCACCAUCCGCUGUGUCUUCCAAUUUAACAAUCACUGUGGCUUAUUAUUAUACAGUUAUAAUUAGCAUGUUACGGACAGAAGAAGCCAUAGCUGCUUGUGUUUACAUAGAAUAUUCCUUCUCCACUGUAUUUGCCUUCAUACCUUAUCAAUAAUGUUGAAAUAUACAAGUAUGGGACCUGUUAUCCAGAAUGCUCAGGACCUGGGGUUUUUACGGAUAAGGGAUCUUUCUGUAAUUUGGAUCUCCUUACUUUCUAAGUGCUGAGUCUGUUUAAAAUCAUGUAACCAUUAAAUAAACCCAAUAGGCUGCUUUUGCCUCCAAUAAGUAUUAGUGUUAUCUUAGUUGGGAUCAAGAUCAAUUUAUUACAAAGAAAAAGUAAAAUAUUAAAUUAUUUAAUUAAGUCUAUGGAAGACAGCCUUAAGCUUGAGCUUUCUGGAUAACGGGUUUCCGGAUAAUGGAUCCUAUACCUGUAUUCUAGAGCCCUGACACCCCAGGUGUUGAUAAUUAAGGGUUAAAGCAUGCUGGGAGUUGCAGCUAUAGGAAGAGGAUAGAUUUCUGCAUGCCUAUCCUGACCAAUAUAAUUGUACAGGUAUGGGAUCCGUUAUCCGGAAACCGGAAUUACGGAAUGACAGUCUUCCAUAGACUCCAUUUUAUCCAAAUAAUCCAAAUUUUAAAAAAACAUUUCCUUUUUCUGUGUAAUAAUAAAACAGUCGCUUGUACUUGAUCCCAACUAAGAUAUAAUUAAUCCUUAUUGGAAGCAAAACCAGCCUAUUGGGUUUAUUUAAUGUUUACAUGGUUUUCUAGUAAGGUAUGAAGAUCCAAAUUACAGAAAAGAUCCCUUAUCCGGAAAACCCCAUGCAUUCUGGAUAACAGGUCCCAUACCUUUAAUAUGAAUAUAGAUUGGCACUGCUUGAAAAUCUCAUGUGCUGAUAGGGCUGUACUUUCUGGAUUGGCAUCAAAGGGCCCAAUGCUUAGGGCGGAGGCUUACAAGGGUGGCCCUCUGUUGCUUAUAUAGGAAAAAAGAUUUCCCAAAAAAAUUGACUAAAGCCUUCAGCUCACAGCGCACCAAUCAGAUGGGAGAUCCAUGGACAGAUGUGUUGGAUAGAGUAUGGGGUCGCCAUGAUUAAUCCCAUGAUUGUCUAUUUUGUGUUCAUCAUAUAUAGAUAUAAGUCCUCCCAUGGAAAGUCUUCUGUUGGCAGCCUCCCUCUUUCCCUAGUCCAGCAACAUCUGGGAUAUAACAUAACAGCGAUAUAGAGCCUGCCUGGGCUGAUACAAGCACAAUGGCACUCCCCGCGGAUAUAGAUCAGUACAGAGAUAAUCAGAGAAGAAGAAUUCAAUGUCUUAUGAUGUGUUAGCCUUCCAGUGAGUUUGGGGAGAGUUGUAGUUCUGCACAACUGGAAGGCCGCUCUAUUAUCUAAGAAACUGAUUUUGUUUACGCCUGUGGAAGCUUUGUGGCCAACAUAGAGAGUUAUUGAGAUAUGCACGAGACACACGUACAAAUAUGGCUUCCCUAUUAACGCCAUGCUAUAGGCCUUCCCGAUAUUAUCCACCAGCAGGGGUAUCUCCUAUUAGUACAGAGCUGCCUCGCUACUGUAAGGUGUAGUUCUGCAAGAGCUGCUGGUGGAACCUCCCUGCUGUACGAGCCCCACAGCCCCCGUGUCUGGUGGAGAGAGAGAGCGGCAUCAACCCUUGGUUUUCUCAUCAGGCUUCAAUCUCAGGCUUCACUUUGCAACAGAUAUUGCCGUUUCUUUACUUUUCCUUUAUUUAAGGACACAUUGUGCUUGUUUUUUGUACGUUUCCGCUACGAGAUGUGACAUAAAUAUGCACCGACUCCUCCUCCUGUGAAACAGAACGAAUAUUAUUUAAUGGAUUGUACCUUUAUUUAUUUAAAGCCUCUUCUUAUUUUGUAAAUGCCAUAGAAACGAGCAGAGAAACCUUUCCAUGAAUCUAUUUACGGAUCUCAGAUGCUGUACAGUAGUUUCUUAUGUAAAUACUUGGAUUUCUCUACGUGAAAAGCACAAUGACUUUGUGUUGGGACUCAGUCGCCUCUGAGGGACACUUUUGUCUUGUAAUCACUUCAGAUAAUUAAACUAUCAGUAAUUUCUCUA